AUGGCUCGUCUCUGCGUUCUUGGAAGUGCCCUGGGCCCUCUUUUCGACGCCAUCCGGCCCAAGAACCAAGCUGCCCUUCGUUCGCUCUCUCGCGCUUCUCAUCUGCUCAUGCCAGCUUUGAUCCCUCGAGCCCACGUCCGCCCCUUUACUGCAUCCCAGAAGGGUUCUCGCCUCCCUGUUCGUUUGAUCCCUCGCCCUUCUCGUCUGCUCAUGCCUGCCUCGAUCUCUUGUGCCCGCGUUCGCUCACUUGCCGAGUCCCAGAAGGGCUCUCGCCUUCCUGUUCAUUCCCCUCCCCCAGUCCCCGCUCGUCCAGCUCUUCGUCCUUCGUCUCGUUUCACGUCCCUCCUUGAGGAGAGAAAGGCGCCUCGACAGGCACGAUCUAGACCUUGGGUCGGCAAGCUCAAGUCUCUUUUGACAAUCCGAUCAAACCUGUCCUCAGCUAGCCCUGAUAAGCCCUCCAAGCCAGAGAUUCACGCUACACACACGAAGAAGACCGCACGAGUCGACAAAGUCCACGCUAAGCCCGCGAUCUCUGUCAAAGGCCCAAGCAAAGACAAGUCGGCGAAGAAGUGUGUUCGCUUUGGGAAGACCUCUGUGGUUUCCGUCACCCGCUGGAUCGAACGGCAGGACGAUGUGUUUGACGGUCCCCCGGUGGCCAUGGGCCAUCUAAAGGGCUGGUCAGUCACAUCUCUAUUGGAGCCCGAUGAAGACGGGGAGGAGGAAAAGUACAUCACAUACUGGGGCUCCGGCUCCUUUUUUAUGAUGACCUCCAACCACACUAAGGGGCCUCCAGACCGUUGUGGAUGCCCAUGGAGUGCGUUGGCCUGGUUCCAGGCUAGACACCCAACAUGGCGUCCUAAAACGGUCUUUGAGGCGUGGCGUCGUGAACGAGAGAGAAUCCUGGAGCAGAAGGAAAUAGUCUUCCCACUGUCAUUUUGCUGUACUGUCAUCUCAUGUCCUUCGUUAAUUCCUCCCUGA